GUCGGGCACCUUUGACUUCCUCACGAACGACUGGCACCUGCUGUCGCUGCACGGGAGCUGGGCCUGCGAGCGGCAGAUCACUACCCGCAGGCUGCAAGAAGGCACCAUCCACAUUGGCAGCAAUCGUGGUGUGUCUUCCCACCAGAUGAACCCAUUUUCUGUUCUUUCGGCCGGUCCGCCCUCUGAAACCUCGGGGCAGUGCUGGGGAUUUUGCCUGCUCUAUUCUGGCAACUGGCUCAUGGAGGUGGAACAGAGUCAGACUGGAUGCGUGCGAGUCAACGUCGGUCUCAGCAACACGCACUUCAAGUGGGACCUGCGCGACCAAGAAACCUUCGAGUCUCCCGAGUGCGUCUGUGUCUAUUCGGACAAAGGACUGGGUGAGAUGACGCGGAGCUUCCACCGGCUCUUGGGCGAGAGGCUGAUCGCGCCGCGCUGGCGGAACCUCAUUUGCCCGGUCUUGAUCAAUACAUGGGAGGCCCUCUACUUCGAGGUCUUCCACGACAAGAUACUGGAGCUUGCGCGCCCUGCUAAGCAGGUCGGCGUCGAGCUUUUGGUCCUCGAUGACGGAUGGUUUGGCCGGCGGAACGACGACACGACUUCCCUCGGUGACUGGAAGGAAGAUCCGCGAAAGCUACCGCGUGGCUUGAAAGGGCUGGCCGAGGACUUGAACCAGAUGGGUCUGAAAUUGGGCCUCUGGGUGGAGCCGGAGAUGGUGAACAAGGACAGCGAGCUUUACAACUUGCAUCCAGAAUGGGUGUUGCAUCAUCCGGCCCGGCUUCGGUCGGAGGGAAGGAACCAGCUCGUCUUGGACCUCACGAGCAUCGAGGUGCAGGAUUACAUCAUACAUGCAGUGAGCUCCGUGCUGGCCAGUGCCAACAUCGAGUAUAUCAAGUGGGACAUGAACAGAGCGCUUACGGACGCCUUCUCAGCGGCACUUCCGCCCCGCCAGCAGGGUGAGGUCUAUCACCGUUACGUCCUUGGGCUUUAUCGAGUCUUCGAGACGAUCACGUCGCGAUUCCCGCACGUCCUCUUUGAGAGCUGUGCGUCUGGAGGCGGACGCUUUGACGCAGCUCUCCUAGCCUGGUGUCCACAGGCGUGGUGCUCGGACAACUCCGACGCCUUCUCGAGGACGAGGAUCCACAUGGGAACCUCCUUGUGGGCUCCGACGCGGUGCAUGGGGGCGCACAUCGCUGCGUGUCCAAGCCACCAGACGCGGCGGACGCUGCGGGCCCAGCCGACGCGCUUCAUUGUGUCUCUUUGGGGCACCUUUGGCCUCGAGUUGGACUUGAACGCGCUGCCGGAGAAGGAGCUCAAGGAGGUGGCGGAGCUCGUCGCGCUGCGGCAGCGGCUCUGCCAGGUUACGCUGCAUGGCAGUUUCUUCCGUCUGCCAGGCUUCGGUUAUCCUGGAGCGGCUCAGGGCAACUCUGCUGGCAUCGGAGAUUCGCAUGUCUAUGCCUGGAUGUUUGUGUCACCAGAGCAGGACCGCGCAGUCGUGAGCGCGAUUAUUUUCCAUCGCGACACGGUGGGCAAGUUCCCCUCGCGACUGAAGCUUCGAGGUUUGAGGUCCGAGUGCCACUACCAAGUCAGUGAGCACGUUCCGACAUUGGCGGACGAAGGCAUCUUCAACGGCAUCUUCCAACCAGGUGGUCCGCAGUUCAAGCAUCGCAGGCGUUUGACAUUGACAGGAUCGGUCUUGAUGGAGCUUGGCAUUCCGGUCCAUUUCAACUUCGACGGAGACUCCAUGCUUUUGGAGCUGCAGGUCGUGAGGCCUGAGCCGGCUUGA